CGUGCAGGCCUGAAGGAGGCGAGAUGCCGGCGCCGCCGCUGUGGUCCGGCGGAGCAGGCCCCGCGGUCCAGCCUCUCCUGUGGUCCCCGCCCAGUCCGGGUGCUCGCCGCGGGGGCGCCCCUAGCCUGCCCUCCUCGGGCUCCAGCCCACGGCGCCGCCUCUCCGCAACUCCCGUGGCCGGGACCCGGGUGCGACUUGUAGCUGAGGCCUCGCCCCGCACCCCUUGUCCCUUCGAUUCCCGGACAGGGGAUGGACAUGUCCCCACCCGGAUCGGCGGCCCUGCACCGGGGCGCCUGGGAGCCCCGGUCGCCCGCUGUGCUCCCUCGUCCUGCGGAUCGGGAGCGGGCUCUGGUCCCCCGGCCCUAGCUGGGCUGCUCCGGCCGAAGACCUAACUUGUGCCGGCUCCUGGCCGCCCCUCGCUGCCUGUUCCAUCAGCCUAACGCCGAGAGGCGCGCUCCGCUGGGACGCAUCUGUCUGCCGCCCUCGGCGCCGGCGUUAGUCUUGACAGUCCCGGCUUUGAGGAUUUAGUCAGGCUUCUCGGAACUUUAGUUACCGGGAUCCGGCCACUGCGCUACGCUUGCCCCGGCAGUUGGCGGCGCGAACUGCUUCGCACCUCCCCAGCUUAACCCCCACCCCCUCAGCUUGGUGAACCGUUACACCCCCUGCUUCCCCGGAGUUCCUCAUCCUCCGAGCCCUCCAAGCCCCACAACCCCACAAGUCCAGGUUAGACUCAGAAGAAGUGGGAGACACUAGGAGUUCUGGACACAGACGCUGAGCAGCCGUGGGAGGAGUCUCUUAAGAAAGUGCCUUCUGCAAAAUCAGCGUUGCAGCUACAUAAUCGACUUUAUUAAUUUUACUUUUGGAAAGUUAGCGUCAGGAAGUUGAGGGGGAAAGCUUGUGACGACCUUCCAAGAGUGAGGCUCCUCAGUUGAUGCUUAUGACACACACAACUUAAUCUGUAAAUUGCUGCAUUUGGGGCUGGCCUUACUGAAGUGGAGUCUCACCUAAGUCUAAAUUGAUGAAAUUUUUUUUUCCUUUUCACUGUGUUUGGAGUGAUUUUUUUUUGUAUAUUUUUGCACUCAAACUGAUUUGAUGAGAUAAAUAUUGAAAUUGAUUUUUUUCAAGUCAUGAAAUGCUUUUAUAUAAGAGGCAUUAUAUGAUGUUGAAAAUCCUAAGCCCCAUUUUUCUGAGAAGGAAAUUGAAAACCUGCUAUAACUAGUUAUGUUCAAAAUGUCUUGUAGUUCUGAUCCUUUUAAAGCCAUGAUUGGACCCAGCAAGGUGGAGCCUGCCAGUAAUCCCAGCAUUUGGGGAGCUGAAGAAGGUCAUAUAUAAGUUCAAGGACAGCUAGGCCUAUAGGAGACUCUAGUCUCAAAAAGUUGGAAAAAAGAAGUUGGGGUGCAUCAUAACUUCUUUCUAGGUAGUUUAUUAGUGUUGAUAUGUAAUAAACUAUAGUGCCCACCUUAAUGUCUAUGAAGUGAGCAUAACCUAAUUUUUUUGUCCAAUUUAUUUGAUAAGUUUGCCAAUGGACCUAGUAUAACUUGUCAUUUCUGUGAUUUGCCCAAGAUAGACAAAGAUUUUUCAAGAUUUACUAGCAUAGUAUUAAAAAGAAUGCUCAGGUAUCAGGGGACAUUAAUAACUUACGAGCAAAAUAGUAAUCUAAAGCAGUUUAAGGUGUCAGGUGUCAUAAGAGUGUUUGUUCAUCAAAGACUGCCUCUUCCCUCUGAUUAAAAGGAACCUGUGGGUUCUUGAGACCCAGUGCUAGGGGAGAGUUAGGACCAAUUGGGAUGCUGAGUCCUGGGCUUUCCCUCUACCUGUGGUACAUUUCCCUUGAGGUUGCAGUUCUUUUAUGAGGACCUGCUUCUCUUUCUUGGAUGUGGGUUCUAUAUGUGGCCUCUUUGAUCCCUCCAGAAGGCCUGAGCCAGGCCAGAACAAUCCAUCUUUCCAAAUGAAAGUUCUGCCUCUGCUCCCACCAGAUAUGCCUGUGGCUCCGUCCACUCAGGACCACUUCUGUCUUGAACAGUUGUUAUUCCCGGGACUAAAGAGCACUUUGAAGAUGUCUUUGCUUUAAUUUUGUAGAGCAGUGAAGUGAAGACAAA